GCAAGGGAAGUGCCGGGUGGGGCCUAAGGGGGCGUGCACGUGAGUUGGCCUGCCCGGGGUCGUGGGCAUGGCCGAGGCCAGGAAGCGGCGGGAGCUGCUUCCCCUGAUCUACCAGCAUCUGCUGCAGGCGGGCUACGUGCGCGCGGCGCGGGAGGUGAAGGAACAGAGCGGCCAGAAGAGUUUCCAGACUCAGCCUGUCACCCUUUUGGACAUCUAUACACACUGGCAACAGACCUCAGAGCUUGGUCAGAAACGGAAGGCAGAGGACGAUGCAGCGCUGCAAGCCAAGAAGACCCGUGUGUCAGACCCCAUUAGCAGCUCAGAGAGCUCAGAAGAGGAGGAGGAGGAAGCAGAAGCCAAAACCACCAAAGCUACCCCAAGACUAGCAUCUAUGAACUCCUCAACCAUGGCAACAGAUUUACCAUUGAACCUGAAAGAAAAGGUCCAGGCAAAGACCAAGAAAGCCAACAAGACGGUGAACUCCCUGCCACACCCUGCCUCAGGAAAGGCGGUGGUGCACCUGCUCUCGGGGAAGUCUCCCAAGAAGCCAGCAGAGCCUUCGGCAAAUACCAUCUUGGUCUCAGAAACUGAGGAAGAGGGCAGUGUCUUGACCCUCAGAACUACUGCCAGGCCUGGGAUGGUGACAGCGGACCAGGCCAGCAGCUCCAGUGAGGACACUUCCAGCUCGAACGAUGAGACAGAUGUGGAGGUGAAACCCUCAGUAAAACCAGCCCAGGUCAAAGCUUCGCCAGCCCCUGCCAAAGAGUCUUCAGCAAGGGCAUCCCCAGGCCCUGGAAAGGUGGGCAGUGUGACUCCUCAGGUCAAAGGAGGUGCCCUGACCCCAGCUGAGAGGCCCAUGAAGCCAGAAAAGGAGUCCGAGAGCAGUGAGGAGGAGUCUGAGAGUGAGGAGGAGGCCCCCUCGAAGACACCCAGCCAGGUAAAGGCUUCUGAGAAAAUUCUCCAGGUUAGAGCUGCCUCAGUCUCUGCCAAAGGGACCCCUGGGAAAGGGACCAUCCCAGUCCCUCCUGGAAAGGCAGGGUCCAUAACCACACAGGCCAUGGCAAGGAAGCCAGAGCAGGACCUAGAGAGCAGCAGUGAGGAGGAGUCUGACAGUGAGGAGGAGAUGCCAGUGGCCAUGACCCCACUUCAGGCAAAGUCCUCAGGGAAGACUGCUCAGGUCAGAGCUGCCUCAUCCUCUACCAAGGAGUCCCCCCAGAAACGGGCCCCUCCGGCAUCCCAUACAAAGACAGAGUCUGCAGCUGCCCAGGUCCCAGCAGGGAGGCAGGAGGAUUCAGACUCGGAUUCAGACAGCAGCAGUGAGGAGUCAGACAGUGAUGGGGAGACACCGGCACCUGUGACCCUAACCACGAGCCCUGCUCAGGCAAAGCCCUCGGGGAAUAUCCUCCUGGUCAGACCUGCUUUGAGUCCUGCCAAGGGUCCCCUGGGGAAAGAGGCUGUCCCAGCACCCCCUCAGAAGGCAGGGCCUGUGACCACCCAGGUCAAGGCUGAAAAGACCAAGGAAGACUCAGAGAGCAGUGAGGAUUCAUCAGACAGUGAGGAGGAGGCACCAGCAGCUAUGACUCCAGCUCAGGCAAAACCAGAUCUGGGACCUCAAACCAAGGUUUCCACCAGGAAAAAAACCUCUAUCACUCCUGUAUCUGCCAGGAUCACCCCAGUGCAAAUAGGUACCCCAGCCCCCUGGAAAGCAGAAACAGUGACUUCUCCAGUCUACCCAUCCUCCUCCACUGUGGCCUGGGGUUCCCAGAGGCCAGAGAGUGAGGCUAUUCCUGCAGCAUCAGUGACACAGGGGAAGUCUGUGGGGAAAGGCCUCCAAGGGAGAGCUGCCUCUGGGCCAGGGGCCACCUCAGCACACCCUGGGAAGAGGGAACCUACAGGUGCCCCAGUCAGAGCUGAGGCUUCCGAAGACUCUGAAAGCAGUGAAGAGGAAUCCAGCAGUGAGGAGGCUGCAGUAACACCAACACAGGCAAAGCCCUUGGGGAAAACCCCUCAGGCCAAAGCCAAUCCAGCUUCCACCAAGGCAACUUCAGUCAAAGGGAUGGUGCCUGGAAAGACCACCACUGCAGUCACCCAAGCCAGACAGGGCACCCCUGCCAAGGGAAUGCCACCUGUGAGAACCCCCCAAAACAGUACUGUCUCCGUGAGGGGCAAGGUGUCAGUGCCACCCUUGGAGAAGGCAGGGACAAAGGAGGACUCGGAGAGCAGCAGCAAGGAGUCUGAGAGUGAAGAGGAAGAAGAGGAGGAGUCAGCCCAAGUAGGCCCGGGAGAGUCACAGGCAAAGCCUUCAGAGAAGAUAGGUCAAGUUAGAGCUGCCUCAGCCCCUGUCAAGAAGUCUCCCCAAAAAGGGACCCCUCCAGUACCCCAAGCAAAGACAGCUGUAGCUGCCCAAGUCCAGCCGAGGAAGCAAGAGGACUCAGACUCUGAUUCAGACAGUAGCAGCGAGGACUCGGACAGUGAUGGGGAGACACCAGCAGCUGUGACCCCAGCCCAGGAUGGUACUUCGAACACUGCCAGAAGCAAGGCCCUGGCCCCAGCACCUGCGAAGAAGAACACAGAAGGGUCCUCAGACAGCAGUGACGGGGAGCUGCCGUCAAGCCAGGUCAUUAAAACCCCUCCGAUUUUUGUCAACCCUAAUCGUGGUCCAGCUGGCCCAACUGCAACCCCCACACAAUCCCGGGCCUCAAGCUCCCUGAAGAAAGCUCAGGCCACGGACAGCACCACUGGGAGCUCCUCCUCUGAGAGCGAGGACAACAAGGAUAUGAUUCCCAUCAGGCAUUCCUCCACUCCUGCUAUUAGAAACAAUGUGGUAACUGUGCCUGCUGUCCCCACAAGGACAGCCCCCAGAGCUGGCAGCAGCGAGGAGUGCAGUCGAGUACCAAAAGGCAAGAAACAGGAGGUGGCGACCUCUCAGGUGACAAAGAGGAACCUGGCAUCCCUCCCAUUGACCCAAGCCACUCUGAAGGUCCUCUCCCAGAAGGCCAGUGAGGCCCAGCCUCCCGCCAGGACCCAAUCGUCAAGUGGGGGUGGCGGUACUGUGGGAGCACUCCCUAUGACACGUCCCCAGAACACCACUGUCCAGGCCAGAGUGGCCAACAAGCUCAGAAAACCCAUACUUCCUGAGGGCCAGCAGUCUACAACUACUCCCUCCAGCCACACCAAAGCCAAAUCCCCUGAGAGCUCAGAUGACAGCGAGGACAGCAGCGAUGCCUCUUCAGAGCGCAAGGAGGAUGCCAAGGGACCCCAGAUGGCCAAGUUGACCCCCAGGCUGGCAGGUCCAGCCCCCUCCAGGAGGGAGACUGUGGUGGAGGAGACCACAGCAGAGUCCAGUGAGGAUGAGGUGGUGGCACCUUCGCAGUCUCUCCUCUCAGGUUAUGUGACCCCUGGGCUGACCCUAGCCAAUUCCCAGGCUUCAAAGGCCACUCCCAGGCCAGACCUCAACCCCUCGGUUUCUUCUGCCACCAAAGAUAACCCAGAUGGCAAGCAGGAACCAGAGUCCCAACAUGCAGUGGGCAGCAUGUCCCCUCAAACAGGUAGAGAAGAGGCCAGCUCAGGCACCACACCUCAGAAGCCCCGGAAGCCCAGGAAGGGAACUGUGAACUCCACAGCUUCAACACAGACUCUACAGAGCAGCAUCACACAGCACCUCCUGGGCCAGCACUGGUCCUUGACUGAGGCACAGGUGCAGGCGUCAGUGGUGAAGGUCCUGACGGAGUUGCUAGAGCAAGAGAGAAAGAAGGCUGCAGGUACUGCCAAGGAGAGUGGCAGGAAGGGCCAAGCAGGCCAGAAGCGGAAGCUGUCUGGGGACCAGCUGGCUACUGGGGCCCCCAAGAGCAAGAAGAAGAAGCAGCCAGCAGUUGGGGAAGGUGGGGAGGGUACUGUUUCUCCAGGAAAGGUCUCAAGGACUUCCAAAGGGAAAUUAAAGAGAGACAAAACAAGUGACGAUGUCAAGAAGAAGGAGAAGGGACCUCCUGGCUCUCGAGGGGCCAAGGACAAGCCAGAAGGGGAGCUGGGAAUGGUUGAGGGUGGAGAUCAAAAUGAUCCAAAGAGCAAGAAGGAGAAGAAGAAAUCCAAUAAGAGUAAGUAACCCUUUUUCCCCAGGCAUACCCUGAAGGCUGUCAGGGACUUCAUUUCUCCUAUGUAGAAUGAAAGCCUUGAAAGUGGUUUGUGCAGGGUUGCAGGGCACCUAAUGGCAAAGCCAAAAGUAGAUUACAGAGCACCUAGGCCAGCACUGUGGGGCUGCCCCUAGAGCACACAGAGCCCCUUAUAGCAUCCUGUAGUAAAAUCUGCUUUCAGACAGGGAAUGGCAUCCUUAUCACCCCUGCCUCAAGUCAGCAGAUCUUGGAGGUACGCACUUCUCCUGCCAGCUCCUGGGGUGCAGAAUCCAGAAAUCAGGACAGGGAAGUCCUCAUCACAAACCCAUCUUUUCCCUAAGCCUCAGUUUCCCCAUAGUAAUAGCAGCCUUUUAUUGUACUUCAUGCAUGCAGUAGGAUUUCCUUCCAUCCUCAUGCCAACCCUGUACAGUAGGGGUUAUUGUAUUCCCAUUUUAUAGGUAGGAAACUGGUGAAAAGGAGAGAUGCUGCUUUACUGAGUGUACCCAGUUCCAGUCCUAGUCAGACCUCUUGAGCACUGUCCAUCAGUGGCAGAAAUUAAUGAGACUAUAGAUGUCUGGUGACCUGACUGCUCCAGAAUGAGGGCAGGGGCACCCUCAGAGUGGGACCUGCCAGUAGUUGGUGCUCAGAACUGUACCGGACUCCCACUUUUCUUUUUAAAUAAAUGUAUGGGAGUUUUAAAAAGUGAGUUAAUUUGCUGGAUGUGAUGGUAUGCCUGUAAUCCCAGCACUUGGGAGGCUGAGGCAGGAGGAUCAAGAGUUCUAGGCUAGCCUGGGUUACAUAACAAGACCCCAUCUUUAAAAAAGAAAGAAAGUGUUCAUUUAGGGCUGGGAAUGUGGCUAACAAUGGUAGAGCACUUGCUUAGCAUGCUUGAUGCUCUAGGUUCAGUCAAGUACUUGGAGCUCUACAGGUUGAAGUUUGAUUGACCCCAGAAUUCAGGAGUAAUAUUUGUUGUUCAGGAAGCUUAUUUUUUCCCCCUCAGAAAAAAAAGACAAGGACAAAAAGGAAAAGAAGAAGAAAGCAAAAAAGAAUACAACCAAAGACCCUGACUUACAAUUCCAGAAGAAAAAGAAGAAAAAGGUAAAAUUAGUUUUUGAGGGGUAUCAGUCCUAUCUCAUGCCCAAGAUUGGUCCCUGCCCCCUUUCCAUUCUCAGGCUCUUAUAAGGGACCUUGCAAAAGAUCCCAGCAGGUGCCACAUCCUCUGGAAGCCUUAGGAGUGUCCCUGUCUUGUCUGUGAGGUAGAAGGAUGUUGGGGGUAAAGAAGAGAGGGCAGGAGACC